CUAUAGGGGGCAGUGUGCAACUCCGCAGCGACUGUAAAUGAACGAAGAAGAGCGCCGCUAAACAAGGAAAUAUGGUGAAUGACAAGAGCACUCUGGGCCAGCUAAAGGACCUGGUGGAGCUGAAGGAUCAGUUAGAGGACAUACAGAAACGUAUGGAAGACGAGAUCCAGGCUGGGGUUCCUGCUGGUGGCAGUCUACUAGCUUCUCCCUUCCUGAAGGGCUUCCUGGCCGGCUACGUGGUGGCCAGAUUCCGCUCGUCCGCGCUGCUCGGCGCAGUCGUGGGGACGUGCACGGGAAUCUACGCGGCGCAGAACUAUAAGAUUCCAAAUGUGGAGAACACAAUUAAGGACUACAUCAACACUCUGAAGGGAAAACGCUGAUUUGAAAUGAUGUUACAGUUGUCUACUAUCCGUUAUUGUCUGCGUCGUGCAACCCCCAUUCGGACGCACUUUUGUGGGACUGUAUCCAACUUUAUUUGGUCUGGCAAUUAUUCAGGUAUGCGCGUGUCUACAAGUGUACAUUUUAGGUCAUUUUUGUGUCUGUAAAAAAUUGCUCGAUAAAAGGUAAAUGAAUUUUCUGUUUACAUUUUGCAAUCUGACACUGCCAAAGUUAUGUUAUGUUAAAUAUGUUGCUGAAAUUCACUCCAAAAAAAAAAAUGCAGAAAUGUAUAAGUGCCUUCUCUGGUGUGCUGUGCAAUAACCGUCCCUCGUUGGAAUAGUUUUCUCAUUUUAAUAUGCUGGAAUUGUCAAAUAUUGCACUCCUUCUUUGGCACUUUUACUGGAAAGUGCCAGAGAAAUGUCAGUGACUCGACCUCAGAAUUGUUGUGUUUUUGUUUUGUUUCACGUGCUCACAUCGACAUAGAAAUAUAACUAUAGUUUUGUGAAUUUUCCUCGGGAUCAAUGUCUAUCUCAAAAAAUUUUUUUGGUAGGAAAUGAUAAGCAAGUUGACUGCUCUGCAUCACACUAUUGAUAAUUAAACAGGUAAUGUCAAGAUCUUAA